AUGGCCCCUAUGGCCCCAGUCGCUCCUGUGGCGGCCGCUGGCCAGGUGGUCUCGGACGGCGUAGAGAUCCCCUUCGAUGCUCCCGCCGCCAGCGGGUAUCCUAGCCCAGGUGGUCUCGGCCUUCAUUGCUUUUUCCCCGGGAUGCUCCUGCCGCCACCAAACAUUCUCGCCCAGGUGGUCUCGGCUGGUAUUGCCUUGACCACAGACGCUCCUGUCGCCGUCCUUGGCAUCACAGCCGGCUACCUCCGAGAUGAGGCGGACACACUACGUGGUCUAGCUCUUAAGUCAGAUGAGCAAGAGCAAGAGGAAGAGCAAGAGCAGGCGGAUGUGCCGAGGCGACUCCGGAAUCGACAUAACCAAUGA